AUGCGCAAACCUCCUGAUUUUGUCUCAUUCACUGUCGCCCAUUUCACAACGGAUCUGACAGCUUUUGGCUUACGAGAGAGUGACAGGUCAGCUGUCUCGAAGUCAUCUCUGCCUUUCCCGAACACCAUGCAGCUUUUCUAUUUUAUAUUGUGGACAAUAUUCCUAUAUGUUCUUUCUGAUCCAUGCGGAGACGAGUGGACAUUCGUGACGCGUUUACAUUCCUGCUACCUGGCACCGCACCAACCGCUCCCAUGGCACGAGGCCGAGCACCACUGCUUGACUGAAGGCGGUCAUUUGGUCUCCGUGAACAGCGCAGAAGAAUCACAAUUCGUAAGGGCACUAGCAAACCAGCAUAAUCCACAAUUUCUCACAUGGAUUGGAUUGAAUCGGCGAGCCAAUUUGAACUACACACAUCAACCAUGGUUGUGGUCUAACGGAGACCCUGUUGAUUUUACAAAUUUUCAAAUAGGUGAACCCUCAGAAUGGGGUGACUGCGUGGCUUUAUCCUCAUCUAUGGAAGCUAGUGGGUGGAUAACCAUUGACUGCGAAUACUCGCAAUUUUUCUUGUGUGAAAAAUCUGCGGACGGAAUUCCGCCAGUUGUAAUGACCACCGAUACGGGAGAGUUCUACAGUCCUGGAUACCCUGAUAACUAUCCCGACCAUUCAUUGGCCUACUACUUCAUAGAGCUGCCACCACAUCAGAGGGUUCUCAUUACGGUAGAGUUCAUCGUUAGCGAAAAACACCGCGAUAUCCUUCAAAUUUUUGACGGAACAUUUGAGGGAAGUCCCAUUUUGGCGAGGUUGUCUGGAAUUCAUCAUAACAAUUCAUUUUUAUCUCAGUCAAACACUAUAAUGGUGUUAUUUUCAAGCGAUGGAAGUGGAAGUGGUGCUGGAUUUAAGGCACGAUACUCAUCAUGGAGUGUACCACCUCUGGAGCGACUUCAAGGAGAAGGGUCGGUUGUGGAGAGCUCAAAUUUCCCUGAUUUUGCACCUCCAUUCACUCUUCAGCGUUUCCUCAUCUUGUGUUCCAGUGAUCAACACGUUCACUUCAAUAUUACUGUACGCUUCGGCUUAUCGUCCCCGUUGCUGAUCCUAGUCUCCUCCCAGCCGACCGCAUUUAUCUCAGCUCGAAUCCUCGCCGAAAUUAAUCCACAGACGGGUCAAAACGACAUGAAGCCUGGUGCAGUUGCAUUGAAUGUAAAUAGCAACGUGCCGACACAGUUCUUCAGAAGUAUAGAGAAUGUUGUUCAUGUGGUUUUUGAGGCAAAGGAUUCAUCCGAUCUGUCAAGAUGGCGAUUCCGUUACGAUUGCGUGAGAAAAGACGGGAUUGGCGAUGAGAUUAUUAUACCAUAA